GCUUCAUCUUCUACCACCACCACUGUCCCUUGCUAAUCAUACGCAGGUUUGGUGGCCAAUGCCAUGCAUCGCAAUCAGUAGGUGAAGGGAGUUGAUCCAUGAUUAGCACUCACCAGCUAGCUUUAGCUAAUCGUCGCCGCUGCCGCUGGUGGUGAGAAGAAGAAGAAGAAGAAGAACCUUUUGCAAGGGAGCCCAGCCACAGUGUGGGCGACGACGACGACGACGACACCACACGCCUCGCUUCUCCUCCUCCUUCUCUGAAAGAGUUCUUCGCUAAUCCUUCGCCAUGUCCACAAUGCUGCCCUCCAAAUCCAGAUCUGGGCCGAACGAGUCCCCCAUCAGCAGGAGGCCGAGCACGCCGUCGUCCAACCACCGCCCCUCCACGCCCUCCUCCGUCCACCGCCCCUCCACUCCCGGCGGCACCAGGAGGAGCAUCGGCGGCGCGCCGUCCACGCCGCGCUCCCGCAACAACGGCGCCGCCGGCGGAGGCCCGUUCAAGUCGGAGCCCAACUCACCGCCGUCGGCGACCGCUCGCCCUCGCCUCUCGUUCGACCGGUCCCCGAGAUCUGUCGACUCCAAGCCCGUCGUCGAGCGCCGGGUGCCCAAGAUCGGCACGCCCCCUGAUAAGCAGCCGAGGAAGGAGGCCGAGCUGCAGUCGCGGCUCGAGUCCGCCCAGGAGGACCUCAAGAAGGCCAAGGAUCAACUGGCCUUCAUCGUUGGCGAGAGGGACCGCCUUGUCGGGGAGCUGAAUGAGGCCAAGAGGGUCGCCGACGAGACGCACGAGAAGCUCCAGGAUGCGCUCAUGGCGAAGAGGUGGGCCGAGGAGGCCACAGAGAUUGAGAAGUUCCGAGCUGACGAGCUCGAGCAGGCGGGCAUUGAUGAGGCGCAGAAGCGGGAGGAGGAGUGGCAGAGGGAGAUUGAGUGUGUUCGUGGUCAGCACGCCACCGAUUUGGAGACGUUGGUCACCACGACGGAGGAGCUGGAGAGAUUCAGGCGUGAGCUUGCGAUGGCGAACGAGGCCAAGAAGGCUGCACUUGGCCACGCAGAUGACGCCAUGAAGAUUGCUGAGGUCAAUGCAGAGAAGGUGGAGAUUCUCUCUAGUGAAGUUGUCCGCUUGAAAGGACUGCUUGAUUCGACUGCAGAGAGUGAGGAGAGUAAAAAUCGUGAAACUGAGGAGCUUGUUAAGAAUCUGGAGUCUGAGGUUUCAGUUAUGAAGGGCAAACUAGAGGAGGCAAGAGUUAUUGAGGAGAGGCUAGCCGAGAUGGAAAAAUUGAUUGAGGAGCUUAAAUCGGAGUUAGCUGAUGCGAAGAAGGCUGAGUCAGAAGCACGGCAGCUGUUCGAAGAAUGGAAGCACAAGGCAGGGUCACUUGAAAUGGAAUUGGAGGCAGUUACUCUCUCGGAGAAGAUCAAAAGUGAAUCGCUUGCCUCCACAACCGAAGAAUUGGGUAAGAUCCAAUCUGUUUUACAAGAUAGAGAAUCUGAAAUUGAAGUGCUCAAAGGAAAGACAACGGCCUUGGAAAUUGAGGUGGCUAGACUUUUAGCAGAUGUCAAUGAAUCCAAUGAGCAAAUUGAUGCAUCUCAGCAAGAGGUGUUUGGGCUGCAGACUACAAUAGAUGUUUUGAGAAACAAGCUUGAGGUUGCGGAAGCAGCAGCUUCAGAGGCUUUAUAUAAUGAGAAGAUUGCGAAUGCAAAGAUUGAAAACCUGACCGAGGAGAAUGUGAAGCUAAUAGGUGAGUUGAAUGAGGCUAGGGAUAGAGAAGAGGAACAAAAAAGAACAGUGGAAGAUCUUACUGCUUCAUUGAAUGAGGAAUCUGACAAAGCAAAGGAAGCACAUGAGAGGUUUUUGAGCAAAGAAGAUGAUCAUGAGCAUGCCCUUGAACAGAUUGGUGAUCUUAAGAUGGCCCUAAAAAGCACCAAGGAGAGUUACGAGGUAAUGCUCGAUGAGGCAAACUAUGACAUCACUUGCUUGAGGAAAACCGUUGAUGGAUUGGAGGCUGAGGUGAACAAGUACAGAGAAGAAAUCGAGUCUAAGGAGGCUGAAAUUGUCAGGUUAAACCAGCAGUCAGAGGAAGAAAUUGGUGCCCUCCAAGUAGAAGUUGACAAGGCAGUGGAAUCACUGCAAGACGCCGAGCAACAACUCCAAGCUGCCAACGAGGAGAAAGAAAAUCUUCAAGAGAAGCUGAGGUACGCAGAAUCAGCAUGUGUUGAAGCUAACAAGGUUCUGGAUGAGACGAAGGCUGAGAAGGAGAGUCUUGAAGAAAAACUGAUUUACACAGAAGCAGCUGUUGCUGAAGCCAACAAGGCUGUGCAGGAGGCAACAGCCGAGAAUUCGCAACUGAAGGAGCGGUUGCUAGAUAAAGAGAACGCAUUGCAGAGCCUAACCCAGGAGAACGACGACUUCAGGUUGCGGGAAGCUGAUGCCAUGAAGAAGAUAGACGAAUUGUCUGCCUUGCUUGCUGAAGCGAUGAUAAAGAAACAUCCCGAGGAGGAAGAGAAGCUGGUGCUUGUUGAUGAGGCGCACAGUUCUGUUCGUGAAGAAGCUUCAGAUUCAGUGGUGGAAAAUGGAGAUGCAGAAAGCGAGAAUGACAAAAACCCUAAACUGGAGCUUGAUGUCCUCAACAGGAGCUCCAAUGGAGACGUGAAUCAUGAAGAAGAGAAAGACGAAACCAAGGUUCAGCAGGAGGAAGUGAAAACUGAGUGCACCACACAGGAGAGCAUCAAAAUUGUCGAGAAGCAGCCACAGCCAGACAGAAAACAAGAAACCGUAGCUUCCAAAGAUGAACUGGAGCCCAAGGAGGAUGCUGCAAAUGGGACAGUAUCAGAGGAUGCCAGCAAAGUGGCAAUGUCCCCGACAAAACCACAGCAGCAACAGAAAAAGAACAAGCCUCUACUGAAGAAGUUUGGGAGCUUACUGAAAAAGAAAAACAGCAAGUAGGUGAACGACACAUGUACUACUAUUGCUAUUCUGAUUGUUCUUCUUUUUUUUUUUCUCUUUUUUGUUUGACAAGGUAGUGUGCUUUCUACGAGUUUACUGUCAAUGGCUGUACUUGUUCUGGUGAUUGCAUUAGUUUGUGGGUGUCUCAUUUUUUUUUCUUUUUUAUUUGGACCUCCUGUUCUUGCCCUGUGUCUGUGGUUGUUAUCUACACGGUUGUGGCAGCACGAGUGUAACUGGAGUUCCUCCUGAUCAGAAUGGUUUUUCAUUUCUGAGACUGUGCAGCUCCAUAUGAUAAAUUCAUGUAAUGUAAUGUAACUCCUAAUCAUACUUGUUGGCA